CUUAACGUACACUUGCCGGGCCAACCGGAACUGUCCCAUCGACCAGCACCACCGCAACCAGUGCCAAUACUGCCGCCUCAAGAAGUGCCUCAAAGUGGGCAUGAGGCGGGAAGUUCAGCGAGGAAGGAUGCCUCCGAGUCAGCCGAACCCGGGCCAGUACGCGCUGACCAACGGCGACCCCUUGAACGGGCACUGCUACCUGUCGGGUUACAUCUCGCUGCUGCUGCGGGCCGAGCCUUACCCGACGUCCCGCUACGGGAGCCAGUGCAUGCAGCCCAACAACAUCAUGGGCAUCGAGAACAUCUGCGAGCUGGCGGCGCGGCUGCUCUUCAGCGCCGUCGAGUGGGCCCGCAACAUCCCUUUCUUCCCGGACCUGCAGAUCACCGACCAGGUGGCCCUGCUGCGCCUCACCUGGAGCGAGCUCUUCGUCCUCAACGCCGCCCAGUGCUCCAUGCCCCUGCACGUGGCCCCGCUCCUGGCCGCCGCCGGCCUCCACGCCUCGCCCAUGUCCGCCGACCGCGUGGUGGCCUUCAUGGACCACAUCCGCAUCUUCCAGGAGCAAGUGGAGAAGCUGAAGGCGCUGCACGUCGACUCCGCCGAGUACAGCUGCCUCAAAGCCAUCGUCCUCUUCACGUCAGAUGCCUGUGGCCUGUCGGACGCGGCGCACAUCGAAAGCCUGCAGGAGAAAUCCCAGUGCGCCCUGGAGGAAUACGUGCGGAGCCAGUACCCCAAUCAGCCCAGCCGCUUCGGGAAACUGCUCCUCCGGCUGCCUUCGCUGCGCACCGUCUCCUCGUCGGUCAUCGAGCAGCUCUUCUUCGUCCGCUUGGUAGGUAAAACCCCCAUCGAGACGCUCAUCCGAGACAUGCUGCUCUCCGGCAGCAGCUUCAACUGGCCUUACAUGUCCAUCCAGUGUUCCUAGAGCACGACGCCUCGGGGCCUCCCUCGCCUAGAGACCCGGCGGACAGGCCUCCAGCGGCGCCAUAAACCGGCCCAGUCCACCCCGGGGGCGCGCACACAGCUGGGUGGGGUGGGGUGUCCCGAGAGAGAGAGUGAGAAAGAAAGAAAGAAAGAAAAGAGGGAGAGGGAGAGGGAGCGA